CCAAAACAUCCGGAGGGUCGAAGUUUGUCCCUGCCUGCUUGAACUGAAUGCUGUGGAAUCCUGAGUUCUGCAGUUUGGUGCUCUUCAGCCUGGAAAGUUCAGGAGUUCGUAAGGGAGAACUUGGAUCCUGCGGGGCGAUACGAGUUUGAGCCUUGAGCCAGAGUCAGGCGACGCAAGAGUGGGUGGCUUUCUCGGCGGCAAAGGUUGCCCGGGAGAUCCUGGUCGCCAACUCCGCCUGCGCUGGGGAGCCUCCGUCCGGAAUCCUUCUUCUUGGGGAGGGAGGCGGGCGCUUCUUUCCCAAUGGACCUCAGAGGCGUCAAGCGAGUCUGGCCAGGUAUCCCGGCGCAGAUCCUCGUGGCCAAGACAAACAAGGGCCCCUUUGACUCCUGGCCCGCGUCGCCGGUGGGGCCCCCUGCGCGGCCUUGGCCCGGGGCUCGGGCUCUGCGACGGUGCCAGCGGCUGCCUUGCCUUCUCCCUCCUCGGGUUAUGCAACGGGGCCAAGAGCAGCCGCGCCGGGCGGGUUCCUCUCCCAGUGCCGAGGAGCCCCUUCCCUCGCCAUGAGCCGCCCCGAGGAGCCCCCCAACCUCAACCUGUUGCCGGACGAGGCGCCCCAAGUCCGAGCCGCCGUGGCCGCCUUGAGGCGCAGAGUUCAAGAAGAAGAGGGCAAGGAGAGGGAAGGGGGCUUGCAUCCCAUGCCGCCUUUCCUCCUCAGCGACGCCCACUUGGUCCGCUUCUUGAGGGCUCGGGAUUUCGAGGCAGAGCUGGCCUGGAAGCUGCUGAAAAACUACCACAAAUGGAGAGCCGAAUGUCCAGAAAUGAGUGCAGAUUUACGACCCUACUCUAUUCUUGGAUUGUUGCAUGAAGGUUACCAUGGAGUUUUGAAAGAAAGAGACCCAACUGGCAGUAAAGUGCUCAUUUAUAGAAUUGCACGAUGGGAUCCAAAGAUGUUUACAGCAUUUGAUGUGUUUCGUGUAAGUCUUAUCACAUCUGAACUUAUCGUAAGGGAGCUAGAGACACAGCGGAAUGGUGUCAAGGUUAUCUUUGAUCUCCAAGGAUGGAGAUUUGCCCAUGCCUUUCAGAUCUCUCCAACAGUGGCCAAAAGGAUAGCUGCUGUGCUCACAGAUUCCUUCCCCCUCAAAGUUCGAGGUAUUCACUUGAUUAAUGAGCCUUUGUUCUUCCAUCCCGUCUUUACCAUAAUUAAGCCCUUUCUCUCUGAAAAGAUCAAGGCACGGAUCCACAUGCAUGGCUGUAACUAUUCCCAGAGUCUCCAGCAGCAUUUUCCAGCCAACAUUCUUCCAGAAGAAUAUUGUGGUGAAGCAGCUUCCAUGGAGGAGCUUUCCAAAGAAUGGACUGACUUCAUUCUGGAAUCUGAAAGUUAUCUUCAGAGUAUUUCUCUGCUUGGGUAGUACAUUAAACAGGCAGAAAAUGUUUUGUGGGAGGACCAUAAUUACUAAUUAUUCAGAGGGAGCAGAGAAUGAAGGAGGGAAAAUUAAUCCCAUGGGUCUCUGGAGCCAAGAUUUUGAGAUGAUUCACAUGCACAUUGGCUUAUCCUCUUCACAACUUGUUGAGCAACAAAUACAAGCAGAGACUUGACUUAGAUAAUUGGAAAUGUCUAUCUCAGAACAAAGAUACUGGAAAAAAAAGUGAGAAAUUCUUUUACAUUUAUCACUAAAGGGAUAUCUUCUUCCUAGAAAGCUCUAUUCAAGUCUGUAUUAUUGAACUGCUAUGCUUUGUGGGAGCCGGAGCUUGGACAGGUUACUUUUCUGGAUCACUGACCAUACUGCCUGGAUAUUCUGGAAGUUCUAACACCAAAAUACAUAUUUUCUAAAGUUAGACCAGAGUCUUAUCUACUGCAAGGGUCAUCCAGGGGCCAGUUUACACGCCUUUGAAAAAGCAGGGUAGAGUUGCAACAAUGGCCUCCUACUUGCCUUAAUAUUUUUCCCUGAAAGUUAUUGGAUAUUGGAAAGGGAUUGAACUUCUUUAUUAUUCAGAGGGGAAGGUCUGGGAACCAAUUUCCUGUCCAUGUGAUGCCCUAAGACUGCCAAAAGUGUCUUAUAAUAAAAUAUAUUUGCAAUUUAAA